ACAUUUCGUUUUGCUGUCACUGAGCACGUACUCUGACGCGAUCGUGUGAGCAAAACUGGCUGUAUAUAUCGCAAAUGUCAGCUUACUGAAGACUCCAGUAGGGAAGAAAAAGUAACAUCAUGACGAUGUUCGCCUCUCUUAUUAUUGCUGUGACGGCAGCAGUGUUGGCGGCGGACGACGUGUAUGCCGUCGGCCCAAUGCCAGUACUCGAACACCCGCCUCCACCAUUCGCAGUCCCCGGCGUGGACCACAUGGGGCAUGCGGGCCUCCCAAACGGCCCUUUCCAUCCUGGAGAUAGCUGUCCGGCGCUCUGCCCACUCCACUGGGAUCCAAGGAUCGCCUUAUGCGAGCCGGGCAGGCUGGCCGUGUUCGUCAACCACUGCGCCUUGCAACGGGAAGUCUGCCUGUUGAACAGAAAAUGCGUGUUGUUCAAACCUGAAUGGGAUCCUCACCAUCCUGAGGGGUGGCACUAGACUUCUGAAUGGGCAAGAAAGUGAUACGACGAGCACAGUACGAAGCAGACAAAUCGACUGUUACACUUCAGAUCAUCAACAUAGCUACUCGCUUUGUUGUUUUAGUGUUCAAAUAUAUGUAAAAAGACGUUUUCUCCUCAACUUUCCUUGCCUCCACAUUACAUAUCAGCAAACUGUGAUCAGAUUCUUGAUCUUCGCAUUCGAAAGCGAACUUGUAUCUCUGUAACGCACUGAUACGCAGUAAAAUACUUCGUUUCCGGCUUCAAAUCAAAGUUUGACCAUCCCGUUACAUUUUAGCCUCGUUUUCCUGCACAACAUCAUGUGAUAACUUAGGUUUAUCCUUUUUCAAGGUCACAGGAUGUUUACUCUCCUAUAAUUUCCAACUACAGUACUCGUAAAGCUUUUUCGAUUAUGAAAUGUCAACACAACAUACAACUUAGGUCUUCCUUCUUCCUGUUACUGAAAAAUACGUUUAUUGCCGUGGAUGAUAUUCUAUAAAAUCAUACUCAAUAUUCCAUUUUAGAUUUCCUAAGAAUUUUUCAACGUUGAUUCCUGUGCAAAGUUCAGCUUCCAACCGCUAGAUAUGGUUGGUGUUUGAUGUUAUUGUUCGAAUUUUGAUUUUGAUACGCUUCCCAACCUAGAAACGUUAACUUCUACUUUAUGAACAACGCACACAUUUACUGCUUUUCUGUUUCCUUUUUGUUUAAAUGUUGUAAACAGAAGCUGCUUGUAUUGUUAAAAUAUUUUUUUUUGCAGUUCCUGUAAUACUUACAUUGACUUCGCAUUUAUUUUCAGUCUUUGUAUUAAUUAUGUGUCGGAUUGAUCUGGAUGUUAUGGUGAAUUGGAUUUUCCGGCAUAUACUUCCCAUUUCCAGUUCUCAUUUUCGUGUUCAGGUGGUUGUAAAGUUAAAUCAAAAUCAGUCACUUUAUUAACUGAAAGUACUUGUCAUUGACGUACAAAUGCAUGUAUGCUUUCAUAGUGUGUUUGUGCUUUUUUCCCUCGAUCUUUUUUUCGAGCCUCGGCCAGAGUUUGAAGGCACCAAGUUCGAAGGAACCACCACAAACUCAGUGCAGAUGUGUGUGUGUGUGUGUUUUUUUUUUUUUUUGCAAAAGGGAGCUUUGGGGAGAGAGAGAGAGAGAGAGAGAGAGAGAGACAGAGAGAGAGAGAGAGAGAGAAUUCUGAUGUUUAUACGUAACAUGAGUAUCAGUUACCUUCUUUAUAUGUAGAAAUUAUGUCAAAGUAACUUCAUUAAGUAGUUCACUUUAACAUAAUCAUUUGAAAAUACUACACUACACUCUUCAAGAAGUUCUUUGGUAUUGAUUUCAUGAAUGGUGCAGAAGAGAGUAAUUAAAAGAAAAUAAACGACCCUUCAAGCAUAUAUACGAAUGAGCAAGUGAUUUAGAAACCUAACUAAUGGUGCAUUCUGAACAUUUUUUUAAAGCCGAUUGCCAAUAGUUAUGUAUUUUUCUUAAAUGCAUGGCAAACAUCUGUUUGCCUUUUAUUAUCACUACUAGUUGUGGCUUACAUCAUUAUGGUAUCUGUAUACAUCAAAACAAAGCAUGAAACAACUAUAAAUGCAUGAAGUCUAAUCAGUUACACCUACGUGUUAUAAAUUAAUACUUACAAAACAACAAAUAUUAAUCACAUGUCAUAGCAUAUUAUAUCAGUAUGACAGUUCACAUAAUUACUGCAUCAUCUGAACUGUUGAACAUCUACAGAACCGAACAGAUAUCGUUGUACAGAAGUUGGUGUGGCUGGUUUGAAAUCUGUUAUAACUGAUGAUCAGCUGAGUGUAUAUUUACCAAAGAGUAUCGAACCAUAGAAGUUAGUUAUUAUGAAAAAACUGAAGUAAAGAUGCAAGUAAUAUUGGUUUCAACAAAUUACAGCAACUAGUCGCUUUUUGUUUUAUUAUUUAAUGUUUAUGUCCAAUUAUAGGUUUCGAAUCGCCUAUCGAUUCAUCAUCUGAUCGUACACAUUCAUUGCAUGUUUGCAGCAUUGUGGGGCUCAGGUAGCUGUGGCAGAAUGUAUGGACGAAACAUGUAAGCAUUGAAUGUGGCGAGAAUUAUUUAUAUUAUGAGAUCGAUUUCGUUGCAUCACUUUAGCAGUAUCUUUUGGAUUCUUCUUGGUGCACACAUUGUUUUAGAAAACAUACCGAAUGUUUUCCGGUAACGUUAAUUUUACACUAUUUAACAAGUUUAGCCACAUGUAGCUAUUUUCACAUGCUUUACAAAACGUAAAUGAAUCGAAGAGCGUGAUUAAAGUUACUUUCUAAGCGUUUGUAUUGGAGCAGAGCGUCUUUUUCCUUAGCACUCGCAUUGCACAUUGGUGACAGUAAGUAUAUAUCUACUAGUUAUAUUCAUUACUGCAAAACUAAAACGUAUUUACAAUACAAACUUGACAUGUACUAUCUGCAGUAUCUAUUAAACAAUGAGAUUGGAUGAUAGUAUUCUGUAAUGUUAGUGCUGAAAUUACGUUUGACAUUUAUCUUGGUGUUUAAUAGGCAUCCAUCAUUACUUAUGAAAUAAAGAUUAGAACUUAAAGAUUGUCUGUAACUUUGACACAAUGGUUUGUUCACUAAGACAGUUUGUUCAUUUACAGUGGUGUGGGGUGAUUGAUUGUUAUUGUUGGAUAUCUCUUAAUGCUUCCAGGACAUCCAUCUUUACUCCUUUGCCUACAUGCAAUGAAUAAAUAACAUCUGACAAUUAACCACUAGGCGAUCCGAAACUGGCAAUCGAAAAUAAAAAUAGAGUAACAAAAUAAAAGGCCAUUGGUUGCAAUAAUUUGUGGAAAACUUCAUUCAUCACAAUCC